GCGCGCGCUAAUUAGCUAGCGAGCGAGCGCGCGCGCGUGUCACACACAGAGAGAGAGAGAGAGAGAGAGAGAGAGAGAGAGAGAGAGAGAGAGAGAGAGAGAGAGAGAGAGAGGUUUGCUAAUACUUAAGGAAAGAUUAAGGAAAGAGGGGAGUUGGAAACGUUCAUGUCAUAUACGAGGGAAUGGGGGAGGAGGAAGCGCGGGGAAGGGUAGAGGGAGGUUGGGGAAUAUGAAGAGGGGUCGCAAGAUACUUUUCAGAUGACGGCGGAGGGAAUCCUCGAAGACCCUUCGGCAUGGCCAGCGUUAUGGCUCACAUCAAGGCACUACUUCAGAUGCAUGAUCAAAUUUCCCAUAUUGGACGGCAAAUGCCAGGCAGAUAGGAUGUCGGAUUCUACGGUUAUACAUUACAAGAUCUGCUGAAAACAGUGGCAGUCCUACAAUUGCACACGACUUACGACUUACCUCAACUACUACGAGCAACUCUCAAUCACACAGUCACCCCACCGAACUGAGACGUGUGCGCGCGCUUGCACACACACACACACACACAGAGACAGAUGGCGGAACCACCACGUCGUUCUUGUCGCGCCAUUGCUGAUCCACGAAAUUCAGGAAUGGAGCUGGCAAAAUGUAGCAGGAUGCCCACACGUCUCGGUACCUACUUUGCAUCUGCCGCCACAGUGUGUCGUGAGGGGGGAACUGCAUAAUUCGAGGCCCAAGAGGUUGGGUUCUGAACACGUUGCUUUUCGAAUUCCAUAUCGGGCAUCCUCAGCCGAAGAGCAGCGGAAUCGAGAGAAGGAGUGGAUGGUGAAUCUGGUGAUUGCGAGGAGGACAUAAACCAUGUCCGAGGAACAGGUGGAGGACGACGCGAGCGGGAGUGGGAGUGGCAAUGGCGAUGGGAAAGAAAACAUGUCGCCCUUGGGAACAGGGGGCACACCUACUUCAGCCCGGACUCUGCCACGAAGAGAAUCGUCCACGGUUCUUCGUGAAACCUCGGAACUAAUUCAUGAAUGGAGAAGUGGCGCACCACUCAUCCGCUUGUCGGACAUUGCCUUGUAUGACGGUACAGGCAUACGCGUGUCUCGGUGGCUGCAGUCUGCCACCAACACGCUCCAGCUCAUGGGUGCCACACCCGACACGUGGGUGGGUCACGUCUCCACGCGCCUGCGUCGCGGUCCUUUCGAGGCUUGGGAGGAUUUCUACGUACACUCCCUCCGCGCGGGUCGAACCCCGACCUUCAUGGAUUUCCAGGCGUUCCUCGAGGAUCGCUUCGGAGCUCGGCAUGACGUGACUGACGCCUUCGAGCGCGUCGUCACUACACGCUGGUCCGACUCUGGUGGCGCAAAUGACCUAGAUCGCCACAUCCAGGUCUUUCAGGACGCACGCCUCAUUUGUGACGUGGCGUUACUCCCCAAGGCUGCCCUUAUCGAUCGUUUCUUGGCCAGCCUCCCGCUCGAGUACCGCUCCGAGUUAUGGUGGUACCACUGCGACACCACACCCCGAUCCUCCUCCCCAGAGCCUUCCGUGCCCACACCAUCUCCUUCUAUCACUGUCCCCUCGCCUCGACAGUUCGCCCACUUCAUCCGACAGGACGGCGUCACCUUCUUUAUUGUGAACGUGACGGAUCUCUUACACUAUGAUAUUCCCUGUCCCGACGCCAAGCUCAUCCUUCUGGAGCCAAAUCCUCCUUCUAUCUUCAUGGUUCCCAUCUCUACUUUCGUCCCUCCGCCGUCCGUCAAGUCCACCCCGUCGUUGCGGGCUGACGCUGACGCUGAGGAACUCGCACGAUAUACGGCUGACCUGGAGCCCGCAGUUCGUGACCUCAUUCGAGAGUACCACGACGUUUUCCCAUCAUCGUUCUCGUAUGCUGGCAUCCCACCGAUGCGUGAUGUCGAGCACUCCAUCCAGCUUGUGCCUGACUAUCGUGUUCACCACCCGACACCGUACAGACUCUCGAUCCCUGAGGCCACCGAACUCAAGCGUCAGUUUGAGGAGCUCCUGAGACUGGGUUUCAUUAAACCCAGCAACUCCCCGUGGGGUGAACCCGUCCUCUUUGCUCGCAAAGCGGAUGGAACUCUCCGUCUCUGCAUCGACUAUCGCGGCCUCAACCGCUACACGGUUAAGAACAGCUACCUCAUGCCUCGUUCUGACGAGCUGUUCAACCGCCUAGCAGGCAACCGCUUCUUUACGAAGAUUGAUCUUCGUAGCGGUUACCAUCAGAUCCGCGUCGCUGCAGCCGACCAGCCGAAGACAGCGUUCCGAUCGCGCUUCGGCCACUACGAGUUCACGGUGAUGCCAUUCGGCCUCACCAACGCACCCGCUACCUUUCAAAGGGCGAUGAAUGACAUCUUCAAGGACAUCUUGGAGCAAUACGUUUUCGUCUACCUCGACGAUAUCCUGGUCUACAUUCGUACCCUUGUGGAGCACCUCAGACACCUCUGCGACGUCCUUGACCGCUUGCGCAGACAUGGCUUCUAUGCCAAGUUGAGCAAGUCCCGCUUUGCCCAGCACAAAGUGAAUUUCUUAGGACACUACGUGUCUCACCAGGGUCUCCACAUGGACGAUGCAAAGAUCACUGCUAUCGCGGAGUCGCCCGUCCCCACAUCCGCCAAGCAGCUUUGCAACUUCCUAGGCCUGACCAGCUACUAUAGUUUUUCUGACAAACCGAAGCUCACUCCUCGACAGGCUCGCUGGUGGCGCGACCUAUCCGAGUUUAGUUUCACCUCUGAGCACAUCAAGGGUGAGACUAAUCAGGUCGCAGAUGCCUUCUCCCGGCGCCUUGACCACGACCAGGAGCAGAUUCACCUCUCUUCCAUCUCGGUCACCACCGUCCACCACUCGGUGAUCAACGGGUUUCGCACUCAGUACCGUCACUGCCCCGACUAUCGCGACAUCCACGCGACCCUUCGGAGUGGCAAGACCGUCUCGAACUACUCUCUGGGGAACAACGGUCUUGUAUACUGGCACGGUUCACAGGGCACCAGAGAGCCCCGUAUUUGCGUUACCUCCACUGGACAGCUACGUGUCCGAGCAGUAGCAGAGUUCUAUGACCAGGCAGCCGCCGGUCAUAUGAGCUUCCACAAGACGUUGGCUCGUGCGAGCCGCCUGUACGUCUGGCCGAAGCGCAAGGACUUUGUGAAGGACCACGUCGCAGAGUGUCCCACCUGUCAGGAGAUGAAUAGUGAAUAUCACUUGCCUCAUGGUUUGCUCCAGCCUCUUCCUAUCCCAAAGGGUCGUUUGCAGUCUAUCUCAAUGGACCUUAUAGAUCCUCUUCGUCCCCCGACCCCUCGCCAUCAUGAUGCUAUCCUGGUCGUCGUCGAGCGCUUCACGAAGCGUGUACGCUUUGUUCCGUGCCGCUAUGCCAUCAGUGCACAUGAGAUCGCCGAGAUCGUGUUUGACCGAGUCGUGCGUGACCACGACUUACCCCUGAGCAUCAUAUUUGACCGUGACUCGCGCUUUACCAGCCGAUUCUGGAGACGGCUCUACGAGGUUUACGACACCCAUCUCCGCUUCUCCUCGUCUUACCAUCCUCAAACUGAUGGGCAGACCGAGGUCAUGAACAAGACUCUCGGAGAUAUUCUCCGAAAGAUUGUUCGUGACGACCAGUAGUGGGAUCUCAAUCUUGCCCACGCGGAGAUAGCCUACAACCA